AUGACCAUCUCGAACACGUACCCCACGGCGCACAGCACGAGCGUCUCGAACGCGCGCCUGCGCAUGCUCAACACGCUGCGCAGCGGCACCAAGGCCGUGAUGACCUUCAUGGCGAUCCCGUCUGUGCGGCACGCGCAGAUUGUCGCCCUGUGCGGCUUUGACGCCGUCAUCAUCGACUGCGAGCACGGCCACAUUGGCGACGACAGCAUGCACAACGCUGUGUCGGCGAUCGCGGCGCUCGGCGUCUCCCCGCUCAUCCGGAUCCGCGGCACCGGCCCGGACAUUAUCAAGCGCGCGCUCGACACCGGCGCCCACGGGCUCAUGGUGCCCAUGAUCAACACGGCCGCCGAGGCCGAGGCGGUUGUACGGGCAUCAAAGUUCCCGCCGCAGGGCCUCCGCGGACAGGGGUCGGCGUUCCCCGCCAUCGCGCACGGCCUCACCACACCAGAGUACAUGCAGAGCGCGAACCAGACCCUCUUGACCAUCCUGCAGAUCGAGUCGCGCGAGGGGGUCGAGAACGUGGACGAGAUUGCCGCGGUUGACGGCGUCGACUUCCUGUUCAUCGGGCCAAACGACCUCGCACAGUCGCUCCUGGGCUACACACCCGCGCGCGGCGACGAGCCCGUCUUCCUCGAGGCCAUUGACCGCAUCGUCGCCGCGGCGCGCAGGCAUGGCAAGUGGGCCGGCCGCCUCGUCAACGACGGCGUCCUCGCCAAGGCUGCCUUCGAGGUGUUUGACAGCGUCGCUAUCACCGGCGACACAAAGGCCAUUACCAACUGGUAUACGGCCGAGGUCAAGGUUGCUAGGUCGUAG